AUGUCAGUCCAACAGCUGCUUCAUUUAUCUGGUUCAACAACUAGUUCAAUUGUGAAUUUAGUCCAAAAACUAAUUCAAUUAGUUGAUCCGACAACUGAUUCAAUAAUUUGUUUGUCUGACUGGGUAUUAGGUGCUAUUUUUCCUCUUAUCAUUUUAAUUAUAUUUGGUAUUCUUACAUAUCGAAAUCUUCAUCUUAUGACGACUAUUAAUGAUCAACAACAAUCUAUUCCAACUCGUUUAUCAAUGUGGGAACGACAAAUAACAAGAAUGAUGAUUAUUCAAACAGUGUUAAAUGUAUCAUGUACACUUCCUCAUUGUAUCUUCCUGAUUUAUACAAUAGCGACAGUUCAACAAAGAGCAAUGAAAAGUUUAAAUCAAAUUUAUAUUGAAUAUCUAUUGGCUCUAUUGUGUGCAUAUAUAGUCUCUCUCGAUUUUGCUUCAUCAUUUUAUAUAUAUUUUCUUUCUUCAUCACGUUUUCGAAAAACAACCAAAAUGUAUCUAAAACGUCUUUUACAUUUGGGAAAUGAUCAAGUUACUCCUUUCAACAUUUCUGCUUCAACAGUACCAGUUACUGGUACAAAAACCCAUAACAGACAAUAUCGAAUGGUCUAUUUAAACUAA